CAGUGAAAGUGGAAGUGAUGUGAUGUGAUUCCAAGUACAGUUACUGCUUUAUCAUGGCAUCAGAAUAUGAGAACGUUUGCCGUUUGUGUUUAGGAGCUGGUGAUGGCGAUAUUGUGCCGAUUUUUUGUGCCAAUGCCGAACCUAUUGAAGGAAGAAACAAUCUUGCUAGUGAAAUCAAAGCCUGUUUGUCCAUACAGAUUAAUGAAGAAGAUGCAUUUACAAAGCUGAUAUGCAAUGUCUGUCUGGAAAAGGUCAAAAGUUGGACGGUAUUUAAAAGUGUUUGUGAUGAAGCUCAAAAUAAAUUAAAGAAUUCCCUCAUCAGGCAGCAAAAUCCAACUGAUAAUCUAAUUGAUGUUAGUUUUAUUAAAGAGGAACCAUUUACUGGCGAAGAGGAAAAUUCAAAUGCUGAGAAGAACAAUUUUGAACCACCAGAGGUAUCAGUAAAAAGUGAGCCUCAAGACAUAGAAUACUCUUCCAGCAUUCAAAUUGAAUCCAUUACCAGUAACUAUGUAAAUUAUGAUACACCAGAGAUAUUGGAAGUUGUUCCGGAUAUUGGAAUGGGAUUGCCACAAGAAAAUGUAUCAAACCACUCAAAGCCUCCUGCUAUUUUGGCUUCUUUGGGACUUGCACCAAAGGGAUUGGUCAAGAAUAAGAUAAUGAAAAAUCCAGUUGUGAAUCUGACGCCCUUAGAUAUUUGUGAUAUGUACCAAAUGAGCCCAGCUGGUAGUACAGAUUCUUGUGAUGACAAUAGCAAUUCAGAUCCAAAAAUAUUACGAAGACAAUUAUUACAAGUAAGUGAUUGUACCAUUUGUGGUAUGAAAUUUGUAUCUCCUGGUAAUGCAAGAAGACAUGAAAAAAACGUGCACAAUUUCUAUGGAAAUAAAUUACAGCCAAAUCCCUUGAAUCCAGAAAUAAUGAUGAAUCAUGCAAAGGCCAAAUCUGUUAUGGAACCUGAAAUUUUAAUGGAGGUUGAUAAUGAAAAUAUAUAUCAAAGUAUCGGGGAUAAUACUGAUGAUGAUCGGUCUGAGACACUUUCAAUGGAUUUCUCAAUGGUGAACUAUGAAGGGGACUUGACUGAGGACAAUUUAGCUUAUAUUCAAAAAUACAAGAAUGUUAUAGAGAGUGUUCAAGACAAGAGAUGUUUCUGCUGUAAUAGACCCUAUUCCAGAAUGAAACUACUCCUUGCACAUUUGCGAAAGAGAACUGAUAUUCCACCAUACCAAUGCUUCAACUGCUUGAUUUCUUGUGAAAAUAGAAGUGACUAUGUGCAACAUAUGAAAAUGGGCCAAUGCAGAAAUGUUUAUGCGCUGUAUAAACAAAAGGUAGCCUUAGGUGAAAUUAAUCCCGUUGAAAAUAUUGAAAAUGAUUAUGCUGAAUUAAGCCAGGAACAAAUUGCUCCUAAAGCUGACAAAGUACCAUUGAAAUAUGCUUUGAUGUACCGGGUGUUUUCAUGUAAUUUCUGUGAUUUCUCAAAUCGGAUUAAAGCUGUGACCAAGAAACAUUUGAAUGCAACACAUUUGACGGAUAAGAAUCCCUUGGAAAAUCCAGUACAAUGCCAAUAUUGUCAAAAAAUAUUUGAAGAUUCAGAGUCUAGAAGAAGGCAUACUCAGAACUGCGAUUGUACUACUCAUGUUAUAUGUGAAUUAUGUGGAGAAAAAUUUGAUAGUUUGCAACCAUUCAAUGAACAUGCAACACUUGUACAUGCAAAUAAUACCAAUGAUAGGAAAGCAAAUGAAUCUGUUGAUAGUACUACUGGUCAAAAAGUUGCACAGAAAUUCACUAAGUGUAAAUUUUGCCCAAAGGUUUAUUCUACUUACCACAAUAUGGUACGGCAUGUUUCAAAACAUCAUAAUUCCAAUAAUCCAUACAAAUGUGAAAAUUGUAACGAAACUUUUAGUAGUCAAACCAAGUUAACCGAUCAUUAUACAAGUUGUUUAACGUCACAAGCAGCAGGCGAAGAGUUGCAAUAUAAUUUCUCAUGCAAAGACUGUGGAGUUCUUUUUGCCACACUAGAAGGCUGGACAAAACACCAGGAAAUACACCAAGCAUGCCAACAGUGUGGACAAACCUUCCAAAAUCAGCAAGAACUCGACUUACACAAAAAGGAGCAUUUGAAAGUUAAAUAUUACUCUUGUAAUAUUUGCGGUAAUUCUUAUUCUCAAGCAAAACAAUUAUCUGAUCAUAUGGUGGAACACGGAGUAUCAGAAAAUGAUGUUGAACAUGUUUGUGACAUCUGCCAAGAGACUUUCAGGGGAGUGCAGGAGUAUGCAGCUCAUAUGGAAAUGCAUGAGGGUAAAAUACCUAUGUUUGAUGGGUUCAGUGAUACAAAUGUGACACAAUCAGUAUUAACAGAAAAAUCUGCUAAUUCAAAAGAAAAGAAUUACUUUCGAUGCAAUGUUUGUAAUAAACAUGUUGAAACCAAACAAGGAUUGCAGAAGCACAUGCUAUUUAGACAUAAGAAGCCGUUACCUGAUAUGAGUAAACACAUUUAUCGCUGUGAUUUAUGUCCAAAGCGUUACAUGAAUGCCAGAGGUGUAAUAAGGCAUAAAAGAACAUCACAUCCGAAUGCCAGGCAAAGCCAUGUGGUGAUUAAGGAAAAGAGGGAAGAAGAAGUAGUACCAGAAAAUGACAGGAUUUCUGAAUCUGAUAAAUUCUGUAGUCAAUGCGGACUAUCAGGUUUCAGGACACAAAAUGACCUAAACAAACACAGAUUGACAGCACACUUUUCCAAACAUGCCAGAGUUUGUUCAAUUUGCAAUUUCAUUGCAAAGGAUGCCAAAAAAAUGUGGUACCAUAAGAAGAAAUAUCAUGCUAUACCAGGAAGUUCCAAUCAAUGCAAUGUUUGCAGAAAACUAUUUGUUACGAAACCACAAUUAUUUGCACACAUUAAAACCAUGCAUCUGAAUUUACCAAUGGAAAUUGAAGUAACAGCUGCAACAGUACCAAAAGUAGUUUAUAAAAGCCCUCCACCUCCGCUUCCACCUCUUCAUGAAUUAUCUGAUAAACACAGUGAACAGGAGGGACCUUGGAAUUGUGAUUUAUGUCCGAAACAAUUUAAUACUGUGAAUGCUCUGAAAUCCCAUAGGGGAUGGCACUUGAGAACACCCGAUGGAAAAUCUCCCGGCUCAGGAAAAUCAACAAAUGCCUGGACUCCCAAUCAAUUAUCGCCUUCUAGACAAGUUGUUAAGAAAAUAAAAUACCCAGUAGCAGGUGCUUCUCAGGACAACAAUAAAUUUUUCAUGUCAAAAUUCAAAGUAGUUCCCAAGUUACCAACUGGUGCUCACUGUAAAAUCUGUAAUAAAACCUUCAGCAAAAUUGCUGUCUAUAAACGCCAUGUAAUGGAGUACCAUAGAACAAAAUCAAAAUCAAGAGAAGUGGAAAUUAGCCAACAAGACUAUGAAUGUAUUCAAAGGUUGGCCUGCAAUCAAUGCAAUGAAACAUUCCAAUUGAAAUCUGAGUGGAUAGAGCACAAAGUUCAUCAUAUUAAUAAUUUUGUGAAGGAGCAAAAGUUACGGCAAUGGCCUUGUAUCUGUGGAAAAUUUUUUGGACGAAAGGACAAUUUAAAAUCACACAUGCGAACACAUAUGCAUGGAGUAGUCGAAAAUCCAGAACAGAGUACUGGAAACGCUGCAAAUGUUAUUUCUAAUAAUGCUGUUAGUUACAAUACUGUGCAGAAUGCCACCCAAGCUGGUGCUCAAAUUGUGUCUCCACAUAUGAAUAUACCUAAUCUAGUUCCAGUAAUGAAACCAGUAAAGCCUCCAGCUCCUGCAAAUAAAUUUUAUACAUGCAAUCCUUGCCGGGUAUCAUUCAAAACAGAAAAAGAGUUAAAAGCACAUGUUGAUUCUCACAAUUUGAAUGGACAUGGGGUAGCUCCAAGAAUAUGGAAAUGUGAUUUUUGUGGUUUUAUGACAGAAGACAUAAAACUGUACCAAGAAUGUCGAAGAGCUCAUCAUGUACCAACUAAAUUCAAAUGUGAAGGAUGCCAAAUCUUUUUCUCGAGUUAUAAUAUUUUAGUAAAGCAUCAUGAGGAUAGUCAUAAAAAUGACGACUUAGAAUUACCUAAUGUCUCCAAUAGUUUUGAAUGCAACCAAUGUGGGAAGAGUUAUUCAAUGAAACAUCAUUUGAAACGACACAUAGAAUCUGCACAUUAA